UCAAAAAUGACAGUCAACAUAAUGUAUACAUGGAAGUUGGACUUGGGUGGUGGAGCUGGCUCUAGAUCUCUUAUUAAACUUGCUGCUUCUGACCAAACUAUAAAUCCACCAGGUUAUCAUCAAGGAUUUAUUGUUUCUCAACAGGUGGAAACUGUCUCUAAGAACGAACAACAACAGCAACAUUUAUUGAAUAAAAGAGCUUGGGAUGUUGCUUUGGGACCAUUGAAAGCUUUGCCAAUGAACAUGUUUAUGAUGUACAUGGCUGGAAACACAAUAUCGAUAUUUCCAAUAAUGAUGGUUAUGAUGAUGGUUUGGAGACCAAUAAAAACACUUUUGUCAGUAAAUGCAACAUUCAAAGUUAUGGAGCAAGAAUAUGGUUCUUCUUUGAUUUUACACAAAAUUGUUUUUAUUUUGGGAAAUUUGGGAGCAGUUGCUUUAGCAGUUUAUAAAUGCCACACAAUGGGAUUAUUGCCAAAUCAUGAAUCUGAUUGGUUGGAUUUUAUGUCUGAACCAGAAAGAUUACAAUUAUCUUUGUCUUUUGAUAUUGAUGUACCAGUUCCACCAUUCAAAUGCGUAUCAAAUGGAUGGCGUUUCGAAUUGUUUUAUCGUGAGUACUUUCUUGGCUAUUUUUACAAAAAAUUAUAUGCAAUUUAUUUAAAAAAAUUGGCUGCUCAAUCAAUUUCAGAUAACUUCAUUUAUGUUAGCAUGUGUGGUUCUGGAACGACUAAGGUUAUCUCAUUGGGCUUCAAAAAUAAUAUAAAAGUAUCGAAGGGGCACCACCGAGGACAUGAAAUAAACAAUGAACGUGCAAUCUUGAAUGCGCUUCAUCUGGAACAAAGUCAUGGCAGCUUCUUCCUCUACAUCUGUACUUGGAAGUAUGGAAAUUAUUGAAUGCGCUGACAAGGAUGAACUCGAAUUCAAAUUAAAAAUGUUUGUUGGAGAAGAAAAUGUCAAAUGGGUCAAAAUGGAGCAUGAUGAAAAUGGAAAGGUUGCUAUGUAAACUUUUAAAUAGCUUUUCUUAAUAACUUUAAAGCUCACCUCUGCCAAUCCUUACCUGGAAAAAAUUUAUAGAAAAUCUUUUUAUUUAUCUAGUUGUUCGUUUUUCAACUGCAAAAUGGAGAUGAUUUCAUUUUAAUGAUGAAAACAUCAUUAAAAUUGCCACAUAAAAUAACUAAAUUUCAUAAAUUUGAAAAACUAUAAAUUCUUUCCAAGGUGCUGUUAUGAAAAUUGCGAUAUGGAAAUGGUUGGAUGCCCGAGUGAUUACACAAUCAAAGUCAAGACUAAAGGAUAUGCUGACCAUCCGGGAUUGGAAGAUAAGGGAGUCGUCAAUGCUCUCCACUUAUUCAUUCCAAAAAAAGAAUAGAAGAAGCAAACGAAGAACAAUAUGUCUAAUAGAAAUCUUUUUCUAAAAUAAGUGUAAUGCCAUCAUCAAUGCUUCAUCAAUAGCACUUCCUUGGUGAUUAUGACCAGUUGCAGUAAACUUAAUACAUAACUCGUCGAAACAUCCAAUCAUCUCCAUUUUGCAGUUGAAAAACGAACAACUAGAUAAAUAAAAAGAUUUUCUAUAAAUUUUUUCCAGGUAAGGAUUGGCAGAGGUGAGCUUUAAAGUUAU